UCGUUAUCGGCAUCGGGCACGAAGAGCAAUUUUUGCUCGUCGUUGCGAUCAUACCAACAACUGCCACUACCAACAGCAGCCAACCACCAAACGAAAUAGAAUUGAACGCGUGAGCACUUCAUGUUGUUGCUGCCGGUUGGUGACAUCAUUCACCGACUAUUUAAGUUUUCCUGUUCAUCACCACCAGACAGCUGCCUCAGUUUCAACAAUGAGAAACCGCCAGAUGAAAUGUGAAAAACUUUUUGAACGAAACUCCCAUCACUUCUUCACUUCAUGAUCACAUCACUCCCAUCACGUGAUUGUCCGAAGAAUUCCUCAACCUGUCGAAAUGCUGAUGGACAACUUAAUGGCCCUCAAGAAAAAUCAUUAGGUGAAGGACUUUUUUCCUCCCCAUUCAGUGAGAUUGACUAUGGUCAUCGGCAGCUUACAUCUUCUGAGAAUGGGCGCAAUCAUCACAAUCAAACCGCCGGUACGACUGCAAUUGGUGUUGCACUACGACGCCAAAUGGUUGGACGUUGCCGUGCGAUUGGUGGAAAUAACGGACCACUUUGUCUUUUUCCGAGAGUCGGCCGUCGGUCCUGCAUUGGCUGCCAAUUUUUUAGCUGUCGUUCUAGAGGAAUUCAACUGUAUUCAGUGACGAGAUUCCGAAAUGGAAAGAUAACGGGUCGUGUCAAACGCAUUUCUGACCAACGUUCUGCCACAUGUUUUGCCGAUCGCAUUUCUUUGAGUUAUCACAAGAAACUGGCUUCCAAAUUUGUUUCUUUACCAAAGGAUACUUUGCAUGAAUUUGGAAAUAUCUCAAAUGACGUCCAGCGACGCCAAGACGCUCGGAGUGGCCGCCUCUCUCAUCGCCUCUUCUCCGGCCCAUCAACAGCAGCAGCAGCAGACGGGCGGCGGUGGCGGUGGCAAAUUGUUGGCCCAGGACAAAUUCUCCUGUCAGAACCGAUUCGUCGUCCUGUGCAUCGAAGCCACCAGCCAAGGGGUGGCCACCGGUGGCAGUGGGCGGGUGAAGCGGACGGCCGAGCACAUCAUCUCGGAGGAUCACUACCAAGCCCACCUUCAGUCGCUCUUUUAAAAUGUUCAUUUGUCGUGUUCCAGAAAUCUCUCCCAGGCAAAUUUUCGAUUUCAUUUUGAAAAUGAUUUGCAAAAAAAAUGACCAACGAGUCGGCCAAAGACCCGAAGGCACUUCUUCGUCUCUGCAUUUCCUUUUUUU